AUGUUAACAUUAAUUUCAGUUUGUACCUAUUUAUUUUAUGCAAACAAAGACUAUAUAUUAAAUUUAGUGGGAUUAAAUAAUGAUGAAAAUGAAAAUAAAGAAGAGAACACUACAGAUGUAAAAACAAAAUUAAAAAAUGAAAAAAUAAGAAAAGCUUUAACAGAAGAAAUAUCCUUAUCCGAUUCUGACCUAAACAGAAAAAAAAUUAUUCUAAGAACAUAUAGUGAUGUUGAUUUUAACAUAAAAACGCGUAACAAAAAUUUUCGUAAUUAA